ACAGAAACGGCCAUAUUUGCUUCCAGAUAACGGAAACUGAGACUGCGCCCGCUGUUUCGGUGUUGUUUCAUCUUUUGCCAGAAUGUCCGGAUCGUCCAACAUUAACGCGAUGAAGAAAGUCGUGCAGCAGCUACGAUUCGAAGCGAAUAUCGACAGGGUUAAGGUGUCCCAGGCGGCGGCCGAGCUCCAGCAGUUCUGCAUGCAGAACGCUCUCCAGGACCCGCUGCUCACCGGCGUGUCUUCCAGCACCAACCCGUUCAGGACACAAAAGCUCUGCUCGUUUGUCUGAUCCUUCCUGCCGCCGAUCUCAUUUUCUGUUCCUGUGACGUUUCUGAUUUGGAGAAUAGACCAUUGUCUGCUAUAACUUUAAAAACGUAAAAGAAAAAAAAAACAGCAUACUACGAUGAAGAUUUUUUUUUUCUUCCCAAUAUAAAAUCCUGUGCACUGGAUUCUUCAUUUCAGGAGCGUGUCUGAAAUCGGCAUUAACUAACAAACUAGGACAGAAAGUAUUCAUGUUUUUUUUUUUAUUUUAUUUUUUAUUUUUUUAUUAACAUGUGAAAAUGUCCUAAACGAUUGUACACAAACCUAAUUUUCCGCCUUAAGUAGUUAUCCGCAGUGCUCGUGUCUUAAAAGCGCUUUUGUCAAGACACUUUUUGACAAAAGACUUUUAUAUCUCAUGUGACAAGGCAGCAGAAGCUCUAAUUUAUUGUGCCUUUUUUUCUUUUUUUUUUAAUAAUAACUAUGUGCUCAUUUUGUAUGCCCCGCCUUAGGUCUUUUUGUACGGAAUAAACCAUUGAUUUGUACACAA